AUGUGUAUACCCAGCGGCGCGUUGGCCUCCACGUCGGGCUCUGAUAUCUGCAGUGCCACUUUCGGGUCUGACUAUUCGUGCGUCACAGGACUUAACUACGACGCACACGCUACCCUCAAGACGUACGGCUGUACGCUGUCCACGGAUCUGCAGGCGCUCUUCCCGGACGGGGCACUGGACGUACGCUGCGACCGCGACACAAAGGGCGUGGCUAACUGCACGGCCGCUGUGUUCAAAGCCAAGGAGACAGUACAAAGUGUGCACGUCAUUGACUGCAACAUCACACGGUGCGCAUUCACCACGGGCGACGCCAACGGCGAGUGUUCACAGAUCGACUGCAAGUGCGGACCCCAAUGUUCAACCAUGACCAAGGCGUUGGUGGAGAGCGCGUUGAGUGGCAAACCAGCCAAGAUUGAAGUGACCAACAAGACGCAACUAGCCAUUGUCAUUGAAGGCUCACCCAUUCCGUUGUCUGCUACGUGCACAGCUUCAGCAUGUGAACGCACUGGAAGCGGCGGAAGUAGCGCGUCGGGGAGUGGAAGCUCUGGUGCCGAUUCCGGCACCACCAGUGGACUUUGGGCUGCUAUUGUGGCGUGUGCAGCACUGGCAGCGACGUUGCUGCUGUGUGGGUGUCUCUGCUCGUGCUGCUUAACUGCGAGCAUUCAGAAGGAAGACGUGGAGACGGAAAUCCUAAAAUUUACGUCGCGAUCAGUUAAUAUGCUCGAGUUUCAUCACGUCAGCUGCUACGUGGACGGCGAUGCGGAGUCUUCCAAGUCUUCAAGUGAGCCGAAGCGUAUUCUCCACAACAUUUCUGGCCGUGUGUCACGAGGCGAAGUGCUGGGUUUGUUGGGACCCAGUGGAUCGGGCAAGACGACGUUACUGAAUGCCCUUGCGGCGGUAGAAAAUGGACGAUCUGACUUUGCUGGCGAGUUGCUGCUUGAUGGCAAACGUCUGUCGAAGGGGUAUCGCCGCAUCGCUGCUUAUGUCCAGCAGGAUGAUUCGCUCUACUCGACUCUUACUGUGCGCGAAUGUAUCUCAUACUCGGCGCAGCUUCGACUUCCUCCAACGCUGUCGGAUUCAGUGAAGAAUGCGAUGGUGAAUCGGGUAAUUGCAGAGCUCAAUCUCACGCACGUGGCCAACUCGAGCAUUGGCUCGGUGGGGGGAAACAGUAGCAGACGAGGUGUAUCUGGGGGUGAGAGAAGACGUGUGAGCAUCGGGAUGGAACUCGUAACGUCGCCUCAGAUUCUCAUUCUUGACGAACCCACGUCUGGACUAGACAGCUCUUCGGCCCAUUCGGUUGUGCAACUCGUGACGGAUCUGGCAGGUCACGGACGCAUUGUGGUGCUGAGUAUCCAUCAGCCUAGCGCACGUUCCUUCCUGCUACUUAACAAGAUUAUGCUUCUCGGUAAGGGUAAGCUGCUGUACAGUGGCAAGCCUGCUGAGUCCAAGAACUAUUUUGAAGAGCUGGGCUUUAAGUGUCCCGAGCAUGAAAAUAUUGCGGACUUCAUUCUUGACAUUGCGUCCGACUCGAACAACAUCCCAAUGAUCCGGUCUCGCAUGAAACGGGAGCCUUCUCCGGUCUCUAUGCCAUCAGCAGUGCGCUCGUUCCCUCGUUCUUCACGGAAUAUCUCCCCGCGCUUUACGAUCGGCAGCCCACCGCCGAGGGCAGAGUCGUCACCAUUCAUGAAAGCGGAUGCGUCGCUUGACACGCCGCGGCUAGAUAACAUGCUAGUGUCACCUGUUGGAGCUGGAAUCCCAAGGGAGCCAAGCACGCGGGGAAUACCAGCGAUGCCUGGUACACCGCGCAGUCCACCACCGCCAACGCCGGCCCGAUCGAUGCUCGUUGAAAUUCGCGUGCUCUUUGCUCGCACAGCGCAGAAUAUUCUUCGCCACCGGUCCUUGCUUGUGCUGCAUAUUGCACUGAGUCUGUCACUUGCUCUCUUCGGCGGGCUCAUCUUCAACCACGUGACCAACGACCUCGCAGGAUUCCAGAAUCGAAUGGGCGCGUUCUAUUUCAUUCUCACGUUCUUUGGCUUUGCGAGUAUGAGCUCUAUGGAUUUAUUCAUCGGUGAACGUCAGAUUUUUCUACGUGAAACAGGUGCCAUGUACUACGGGGCGCUCAGCUACUUUCUCGCUAAGGCCACACUGGACACGCUGUUGUUGCGGAUAUUGCCGGCAUCUUUGUUUGCGAGUAUUUUCUACUGGAUCAUGGGACUGCAAGCCUCUACAGAUCGCUUCUUGUUGUUCUCUCUGACGCUGGUGCUGUUUAACGUGGCGGCUGGUGCAACGUGCCUCCUCGUGGGUGUUUUAUCAAGACGCGUUGGGGUCGCAAAUCUCGGUGCGACAGUCAUUCUGCUCGUGAUGUUGCUCUUUGGUGGCUUCCUGCUCAACUCUCAAACCAUGCCAUCCUCCGUGGGCUGGCUGAAACACCUGUCCAUCUUCAGCUACGCGUUUGAGAUCCUGAUGACCAACGAGUUGAAGGGUUUGAUUUUGAAGUUCGAUGCCCCCGGUUAUCCAGCCGUGCCCGUCUAUGGCGAGGUCUAUCUCAAGACACUUGGUAUGGACUACGCCAAUCGGUUCUAUGAUGUAGCAGCGCUCUCUCUGAUUGCGGUAAGUCUACAGGUGCUUGCUUUCCUGUUCUUGUCGCUGCAAGUUCCUCUACACCGUAGCAUGGCCGAUCUUGACGACGCUGAUGAAUUGGCAACAUUAAAACAAGAAGUUUAG